AUGAGUUUCGACAGAAGCUUCUCCAGAAGCCGCAUUGACUCCUCAUCGUCCUCGCGGAGUUCCAUUUGUAAAAGUAAGGUUUAAACAUUUGUCGAUGAAGAAACUGAUAUUGUAGAUGGAAAACGAAGUUUAGGCAACAAAAUUAACUUAUUGUUUGUAAUAUUUUCAAUUUUACUUUAUUAGUUUGUAUUUUGUUAAACUUCUCUUCCUAGUUUUUUGGUUUACGAAAGCUUCAACCGGCCGAUUGUUACUUAAAACGAUAUCGCGGCUGAUAUUGCCGAGCUUUUUGGUUUAACGUUCCCCGUUUUUUGUAUAUAGUUUUUAUUGAGGUUUGGCUUUAACAAUGAUAUUAUUCUCGGUUAUUUUUACGUAGAUUUUUGUAUUUUUAGGUAACACUCCAUAUUCCAAGCGCAGACGGUUUGGCUUAUCACAACCUCUUCGCGAUGUUGGCAAUUCAUUCAAAUGGUCGUCGUUUUCAUUAUCGUGUGUCAAGAACGAGGAUGCCGUUAAGAGCUUCAAGAACUUUGGUGAAUUUCAAGAAUGGAUUGAUGAGGGAAACUGGGUUUUGUGAGUUUAUGUAUUUGCAUUGGAAAUGAGGAUUUUGAGCGCAUUGUUGGAAUAAUAGCUUUCAUUUUAAAAUUCUUUAUUUAUCUGUUAAAAAUUUUUGAAAUAUUUUUUCAAAAUCAAAUGCUCAAAGAUAGAGGGGAUGUACACCUAUAUAUAAAGUAUAGCUAUACUUUACCUACAACAAUAUAGGUAAUUCUAACUUGAAAUGUUUAUCUUAUUGAUGUCAUUACAGAGAGAGCACUCGUACCAAUCGUCAAGACAACUCGUACAGAAUUCGCUACGUCUGUAAGACCGCCAGAUCAGUUUUGAAUUGUCAUUGUGGAGCAGAAAUUGGUGCCGUUGUCAAGGAUGAACUGAUUACAGUAUUUGGCAACAUCAAACAUUCUGAGCAUAGGCCUGCUCCCAAAGCUGGUCAAGAAAAGCGAUUGGCUAUGAAGGAAGCUAUAAUAGAGCUGAAAGACGAGAAUCCGGACCUUAAGAAUGCUGAGAUUGCUGCUAUUUUAUAUGUAAGUCCCGAUAAGGUGUUUGUAUGAGGAAAUGUUGAUUUAUUGUUGUAUACAGAGGUAUAGUGUUUGAUUUAUUGUUGUGUACAGAGAUAUAACUAUUACUUUUCAGCAUCGUUUUCCGUUCAUAAAAGUAUCGUCAGUGUCCCGGAACCUUCGCCAGUUCAAACGUGCCUUUUUUGAGUCCGCUGGACACAAUUACAUCUACUGGUGAACCUAACUCAAUGUACAUAACCUUAAUAUUGUUUUCCUUUCAUUUUAUAUAUUGUUUGCACCUUUUACAUAACUAAUAAUAAUUAAUGUGAGUUAAUAAAAAUAAUCUUGAAUCUAUUUGUUUAGCUAUAACAAUGUUUAUUAAAAGUUGUUUGUUGGAGUAAGAAAUGUACUACACGUUCAGUAACAAUGUCAAGCUUAUUAUUUUUCUCACCUACAACACUAUACAUUGUUCCUAAAAGUGAUAAUGUUAGAUGAUGCUCAUGGCUGCUUUUUAAAGGUUGAAACUAACACUAAUUUCUCUUACAAAAACGUUUGGUCUAAAAAAGUACCUUCCGAAUUGUCAUUUUUAGUUUUCACAUCACUUUCAAAAUACCUUUGCAUGGCACUUCUCUGGGUCCCGGCGCGAUAACGUUACACGCCAAACUUCGUUUUUGACGCCAAAAUAUUUUUACUUUUUUGCCGGUGAACUUUUUUCUGUAAAAUGACGUCUCCAAAUGACGCAAAAACGCAAUUUCAGCGUAAAUUAACUUUAUUAAAUAAGAAUUUUAUCCAAUUUGUAACUAAAAAGAUUGAUCAAUACCCAGCAGCUGAUUUGGUAAGUUAUUUUUCUUUUUAUUUUAUGUUUUUAGACUCCCACAAUAAAGGACUACCUGAAACACAUUUCCGCCUUGGACAAGACUUAUUAUAAGAAUGAGAACGAUGAUAAGAAUGGGCAGAAUCGAUCGUUCAAAAAGGCUUUGCCUCCUUCAGCAAAGCUAAAACAAUUUGAAGAGAAAAAGAAGCCUGAAUCUAAUGGUUUGUCUGUUUUUGGAGUUCAACAAAGCACCGCUCCUAUUACUCCUACCAAUCCUCCGGCUCACAAGGCUCAUGGUGCUACACCUUAUAAGUAAGAUUGCUAUGUUACAAGACAACAUUUAUUGUGCCUUUUGGUACUAAAAUUAGAACGGAUAAAAUGGUGUUUUUGUAUUGACAAUAUUUUUGAACUUUUAUAGUUUAUUGUAUAAAAUAUAAAACCUUUUCUCUAAUUUUAGCACAGAACAUCGAAUGUCAAGGAAAAGACAAGCUAAAGAACAGCUUAGCUACGAUGAUUACUUGAAACCUUCUGAAUCCAGUACCAAGAAACAAGAGACGACAUUCAAGCCUCCACCAAAUUUCGAUCCUUUUAUGUUUAAAAAGAAGGAUGAUACGUAAGUUCAUGUAGUCCUUGAGUUUAUAGUUAAAUAUGUUGGUUUUGUUUGAAGUUCUAGUAGUUCUGUGUGUGAAUUUAAGUCUUUAUUUUUCAGAGCGACAAAACCAUCUUCUUCUUUACCGUUUGGUGGAAGUGUGCAAGAGAAAAACACAAAGUAAGUUUGUUUUAGCUUUAUAACUAAAUUUCUAAUUAAAAAUUGCAGUUAUGCUGUUCUGAAACACCUUGUUUUAGCUCAUCUCCUCCGUCUUUCACUCCAUUUGGCGAGAAAAAGAAAGAAGAAGCUCCAUCUUGUCCAGCUUUUCCUACAUUCCCACCUUCUUCGUCAAGCGCUCCAUCCGAUCCAGAUCCAAAACCAUCAGAUCCGACGCCUCCAAAGUUUAAUCUUUUUGGUUCUUCGGCUACUGAUAAGAAAGAAGUACCUAAAUUCAACUUCUUGUCUAAGCCAGAGGAGAAGAUCAGUGAUUCAGAUGUUCAGAAGUCUAAUUUUGAACCUAAAUCAAGUUUGAAUUCUGGCUUCUCACUUUUCGGAUCGAAGAAACCAGAAGAACCGAAGGAGCCACAAUUGGCAGACUUGUUCAAGAACGACUCCAACAAGGGCAACGGGUCAAGUUUGUCAUUAUUCAUGAAGAAACCCGAAGGAGAUGCUCCACCGUUCACGUUGUUUUCUACCCAGUCGACUGACAGUAACAAGGAAACGACUACUGAAACUACUGGGGGAGAGGAGGAGGAGAAAGGUAGGUUUAUAUCGACAUAGCUAGCGUUAACUGUAAAGAUUACAAAAGUGUGAUAACUCAUUUUUAGAAGAACCACCAAAGGUUGAAGCAGUAGAUCAGUCAGAACCAAACGCUUUGUUCUCCACUAAGUGCUCAGUUCAUAUUCUGAAGGAGGAGAACACGAGUUGGAACAAGCUGGGAGUUGGAUUUGCUAACAUUAAGGAAGCUGGCGACAAGAACCAACUAUUGGUGAGGGCGGCUACCACUUUGGGAACUAUCUGGAUCAACACCAUGCUCAAUGCUCAUGUUAAAGCCUUUAAAAUGAACGAGAAGAAGAUCAAGGUUUGUAAAAUACGAAUUUUUCAAUUAAAUAAGUAAUAUGGAAUUAGUAAAAUACGGCUUUUAAAUGUUUUUAUGAAUGUUGAAUGUGUAUUACCAGGAUGCUUCUUUUGUUAACAUAAUUUUGAUGAUGUUGUUAUAUAGGUACGGUUCCCAAACAAAUGUGUGGACGAGAAGACGAAGCAAGAGAGUGUUAAGAUCUCUACUUAUCUGAUCACAGUGGGUGCAGCAGCUGACUGUGAUAAGCUGGCAGAGUACCUUAAUGCCAAUGUGGUUUAG